AUGUUCGGAGGAUUCGCGCCCCCCCAGCAGUCUCCUCAGGAGAUUCGCGCCCUCGAGGCCGAGGCUGCCUUUACCAUCCAGCAGGUCGCCGCCACAGCCUUUAUGCUGUACCUCUCUCCCUUUGCCAUCGACCUAGUCAGCAAGAUCUUCUAA